GGUCAACUAAACAUUCACUAUCUCCCCAUGAUUAAGUUUGAAAUGCUCAACCAAGUCAUAUCGCUGUUACACGUGUCAAAAUCUGAGGCGGCUGAUUAAUUUAAUUGCUCGACGUAUCGGGAAGCUUCUCUCUUGGUAGCCGCCUCUGCUCAUGGUGUCUUUUUCUUCUCUCUCCCGCCGAUCCCAAUCCCGAUCCUAUUGAGUAAUUUGGUCAUCGAUCUCAUUCCCCUCAACCUCAUCAGCUUGAUUUCGUCAGCAAGAUGUGGAACCAGGGCUUCGGGAAGCAUGAUUUGGAGUCGGCUCAGGCGCCUCUCUACCCGACGAUGACGAUGGAGAGCCCCGAGCUCCGUUGGUCUUUCAUCCGAAAGGUCUACUCCAUCAUCUCCAUCCAGCUGCUCGUCACUAUCGCCGUCGCCGCCACCGUCGUUAAGAUUCCUCCUAUCGCCGUCUUCUUCACUACCACCGGCGUCGGCUUCGCUCUCUACAUCCUUCUGAUCUUCACUCCCUUGAUUGUUAUGUGCCCCUUGUAUUACUAUCACCAGAAGCAUCCUGUGAAUUAUAUAUUGCUCGGGAUUUUCACCGUCUCUCUCGCCUUUGCGGUUGGCUUGACCUGCGCCUUUACAAGCGGAAAAGUCAUUCUCGAGUCUGUGAUUUUGACCUCUGUUGUGGCCAUAUCCCUCACUCUCUACACUUUCUGGGCUGCCAAAAGAGGCCACGACUUCAACUUCCUCGGGCCCUUCUUGUUCGGUGCCGUCAUUGUGCUUAUGGUCUUUUCCUUCAUCCAGAUUCUCUUCCCUCUAGGAAAGAUCUCGGUGAUGAUCUAUGGCUGUUUGGCAUCCAUCAUCUUCUGUGGCUACAUCGUAUAUGAUACGGACAACCUGAUCAAGAGACACUCGUAUGACGAGUACAUCUGGGCUGCUGUUUCACUUUAUCUCGACGUCAUUAAUCUCUUCCUAUCUCUGCUCACUCUCUUGAGGGCCGCUGAUAGUUAAUCGCUAUGUCAUAAUUCUUUAUAUCUGCUAAGAAAUCUGGGUGGCUUGUAAAGAAAAAAUGUGUUGAACGCUGUAACAUGACAGUGGAAGCUAAUACAUUCUACUUGUGAAAGUUGUUAGCUUUAGAAGUCAUCUAUCUCUUCAAUCAAUGGAACAAAAAGAUAUUACAAAAGGCAAAGUCUUGAUCUUUAAACCUAUUCUUAUCAUAGCAAGUCCGAAAAAAGCAUCUACAUCUCUGCUAGUUUAUCCGUUUGGGCAUGGAACUUUUUUGCUUCUUCUCUGCAGCGAUGGCGAGAAGGCGGGACACGCCCUGGGUCCAUAUCUCGUAUUCCCUCUGGUUUCUGCACUCAAAUUCAACGACCCUCUUUGUUUCAGUCUUCAAGCCGAAGUAGUGAUGCUUGUCUCCGUUGAAGAGAUCCCUGCCCGCCCAUGCAGGUAUAUCCCUUUUCACUUCCAGCACCAUAUCUGCAACACAAGCGCAAACCAAAUGAAUUGCAUUAUUAUAUUAUUAGCACUUUUCUGGUUUUUUGUUCAAAGGCAGAGGAAAUGUGUGUAC